CGUGCAUGGGUGGAUUUUCACUGGGUUGCGGUAUCGGAUGGAGCGCGCCAUGCGUUGAACUUUUGAAAGAGGUGCACAUGUACGACAUAUCCGCGAUCGCCUUGAUCGCCGCGAUUUUCCCGUUGGGUGCGGCUUGCGGUUUGCCCAUCGUGCCAUUUCUGAUCGACAAGAUCGGUCGAAAAUGGUUGAUGCUCUCUCUGAUUCCGGCCUUCAUCCUCGGUUGGGUUUUCAUCAUAAUCGGCGUGUCCGUGUUCGCCCUUCUGGUCGUAGGAAGAUUUCUCACUGGCGCGUGUGGUGGCAUGUUUUGCGUCAUAGUGCCCAUGUACUCCGCGGAGAUUUCAGAGAAAGAAAUCAGAGGUACUUUGGGUAUAUUCUUCCAAUUGUUGCUCGUGAUCGGAAUCCUGUACGCUUACUGCUGCGGAUACGCUAGAAACGUCGUUACCACGACGGGUCUUUGUUUCAUUGGUCCAAUUCUGUUUGUUAUAAUGAUGAUGUUCAUGCCUGAGAGUCCUAUGUUUUACAUGGUGAAGCGCAACGAGGAGGCUGCCAAAAAAUCGAUGAGAUUCUUCCGAGGACCGGAUUACGAAAAAAUCGACGAUGAGCUCGCUCUAUUCAAAGAACAAGUAGAGAAAAGCGCGCUCCAGCAAGUGACAUUCGGCGCGUUCAUGAAGAAACCCGUGUUGAAGACGUUGGGGAUCGCUUACGGGCUGAUGUUCGCCCAGCAAUUCAGCGGUAUCAACGCGAUCAUAUUCUACAGCGAGACGAUUUUCAAGCAGACAGGCGUCGAUCUAGAUCCCUUGAUGCAGAUGGUGGUGUUCGCGGUGGUCCAGGUGAUCGCUUGCGUUAUAGCUGCUGCGACGAUCGACCUAGUGGGCAGAAAAGUACUCCUGGUAAUAUCGUUUGCGAUAAUGUGCAUUUGCCUGAUAGGUCUGGGCAUGUUUUUCAUCAUAAAAGAAACCAGUCCCGUGACAGCCGACAUUCUAUAUUGGUUACCGCUCCUUUGCGCUUGCUUAUACAUCCUGUCCUUCUGCCUGGGUGCCGGUCCUAUACCGUGGGCCUAUAUGGGGGAGAUCUUCCCUACCAAGUUAAAGGGGACCGCUUCCACGUCGGCAGCAUUGUUCAACUGGAUAUUGGCGUUUAUCGUGACCGUGUCGUUCUCGAGCGUGGUCGAGGCUAUCGGGAUCGCACCAGUUUUCUUCUUCUUCGCGUUGAUCUGCGGGUUGAGCGUGUUGUUCGUGAUAUUCCUUAUGGUCGAGACCAAAGGGAAGACGUUCACCGAGAUACAGAGGGAAUUCGGAACCUUCGAAAUCGAGGAGUAAAAAAAUAUACAUACAUAUAUAUAUAUAUACAUACAUACAUACAUAUAUAUGUAUAUAUAUUGAAUAAAAAUAUAUGUCGAAUAUCUUUGAACGAGAUCCAAGAGAUUUAUCGCUUUGUGAGCGAAAA